UAGCAUGUUUUACAAAAAAAACUGUACAUUGUACAUCAGUGUAAAAGAACGGUUUUUAUCGUGUAUUUGUUAGUUUGAUUGCUUAACUGAUUCUCACACUACUUUACUUUGUUUUUAGAGUCACGUCGACCUGUAAAACCUAAUGAGUACAGCAUCUCCCAUGCUCACCCUCGACCUAUUGCUAACAAGUCACGCACAAUGAGUCCUGUUGGAACACCAUCCAGUUUUUCAUCAUCAGGCUCAAGUCUGACGUCACCUACAGGUCCUUGCCCACUUUCCAUUCCCAGGCAUGUUAUAGAUGGCCAAAACAAAUCUAGGUCAUUGAGUGACCCUCCAGAAGCCUCCUUAGAUCCUCCAGUAGUUCCGCGUGGGACUGUUAGAAGGCAGUCAGAACAAAUUGGAAGUAGCACACUCCCUGGUCACGUUCAUGGGGUACAUAACAAGGCACGUCUUUCAGGGAAUCUUUUAGAAGCUUUCAAUGCUGAGCCUCGUAGACCUUUGUCUGGGGAUGCCUAUGACAAUUUACCCAGUCCCAAGAAAGUUGUAGGACAUUCAGUGUCCACCCCUGCAGUAGAUUCUGUCAGUCACCAGGAAAAUUAUGACAAUGUCCCAAUACCUAGAGCACUUAGUCCUGUGACCAGUCCUUUGUCGCCAAGACCACCAUCGGGGCAUCACUUGUCUCCUGACAAAUAUGAUAAACUGCCCACACCACGCCCUGUUUCCCAGGGGAGUAACAGGUCUUCCCAGGAUGUGUAUGAUUUAGUACCACCCCCAAGACCAAUGUCUUCUUGUAGUCAAAGUGAUCAAGGCUUGUACGACGUGCCGCCAAUUGGAAGGAUGGACAAUGAGGAAAACUACGAUGUUGUUCCUCCUCCACGGCCAAUGUCAUCUAGUAGUCAAGAAGAUCAAGGCUUGUAUGAUAUUCCUCCACGCGGAAAAAUUGGUGAUCAGGACAACUAUGAUUUUGUUCCUCCCCCAAGGCCAACAUCGUCUUGUAGUGAUGAUGGCCAAGCACUUUACGAUGUUCCUCCAAUUGCUAAGUCACCAGAACAAGAGAACUAUGACUUUGUCCCUCCGGUAUCCAGACCAGUUGCUCCUAAGCCAAGUCAUCUUCAGGCUGGUAGAUCUCAACAAAAUUAUGAUGUUUUACCAGUGAGACAAAGUAUUUACGAUGUCCCCCCAGUGUUUAGAUCACAAGAAGAGGAAAACUAUGACAUCGUACCACCUUCCCGACCAGUUGCUCCCAAACCAAACCAUAUUCAUCCUGGUACUGCACAGGAAAAUUAUGAUUCCUUACCAUUACAAUGGACAUCACAGCCUGUGUGCAAUGGACAAAGCACAAUGGACGAACUCCUUAAUGGGAGAGUGUCAGAUCAGGAAAACUAUGAUCAUGUUCCACUCAUACAUCGACCAGUUGCACCAAAAUCCAACCAUAUUCAGCAACGCUUAUCACAAGAGAAUUAUGAUGUUGUGCCAAUACGACAGAAUUCACCCAAGGUUUCACAAAGCCCAAGUGUGUAUGAUAAUCUUACUUCUGAACGGUCUUCCACUCAGGAAAACUAUGACAUUGUUCCUUGUUUAAACAGACCAGUGUCCACAUUAUCGAGUCCUACACAACCUCGUACUUCACAAGAUAUUUAUGAUAUUGUACCAAUUCCUCGGCCAUCAGAUGAUAAUUAUGAUAUUGUCCCUCCACCGAGGGCAAUAUCGACAUCUUAUCAACCUGGUAAUUCCUCAAGCAUUCAAAGUAAUGGUUUGGGUGAGCAUAAUCAACGUUUUUCAGACAUUUACAGUGUUCCCCCAAAACUACAGUCAUCAGAUUCUAGUGAACAUGUGCCACCUCCAAACACUCCAUACCGACCAGGUAAAGAUGCCUACGACCCUCUUCCAAGCACUAAUCGGCCGGUGAGUGCAGAUUCUGGGCUUAAUGCAUCUUCUUCAAGCAUCUGUUCUUUAAAGUCUGAUGGGGAUUACGGGCAAGAGGAUCGGUAUGAUGCUCCUUUGCCAGCACUCCCGACACAGUCAAGAGAUUCAGGAUCUUUAAGUGAUGAGGAUAGAGAAUCAAGUGAUAUUUAUGAUGUGCCGCCCAACUGGGGAUCCAACAAUAAUGCACUACCAAUGACUUCAGAUGAAAUCUAUGAUGUGCCCCCAAACCAUAACCAAGGUGUGAAAAUCUUGUUAUUCUUACUUACAUGUAAAGGGUGGAAAAAUGGUUCUUUACCAUGAGCACAUGUAACCAACUGUAGCUUGCAGAUACAGCCCCCAGUCAUAGGGAUGUAAAGAUUAAGUUUUUGCCUGGUCCUAAAGCUGUGCUCUAAGAGCAAUUGAACAGACCGUAGCCUGUAAAUACAGCCGUUUCUCCUUGCUCCUCGCCGCUAAGGACAUUACUCGGUGACAGAAAUUCCAUAUUGAUGACCUAAAAUCUGUCCGGAAUCUGGUCAGGAGCUCUGAUUGGUCGAUGUAGUAGUUAUAUACUGUUUUAACUAUUGAUUAUGAAUGACAGAAAAAAGGCCAUAAAGGUAAAAAUUAAUGUAAACAUGAUGAAUCUAUUACAAAACAGUCAAUAUUCCUUGAAUAAAAAGCAUCUGAGUUUUGCUGGAGCUCGUUCACAAAAGAUCACAAAACUUUACCAUAAUCGACCAGGAGAAACAUAAAAUCAAACAAAUUUACAUUUGGAACCCCAUGACUACUGGAUUUAUUAUGUAAACAUUGAUUUACGUCAUCAGUAUGGAAUUUUUGUCGCUGAGUCACAGAUGUUCCUCCUGGCGAAACAUUCCUGGUGGCAGGGGAGCUAGGAGAAACAGCUGUAUUCACAGGCUAAAGGCCAAACCCAGUUCCUUGAAGCUUUGAGAUCAAAUUUGCAUGCAUGAAGAAAAGUACUACAUACAUGUACAAAUGUAAGACACUAGGGGUCACUGGGUGCUGCUAGAGUAUGGCCCUGGGGUUUUGAUGGUAUUUUUUCUUGUUUUAAGUUUUUGAAAAGUUCUGCAUUACUUUUCAUUAAUCAUCUUGUUAUUUUUGUACCUUCUGGGUCUGUCAGUAAGUCCAAGUGAGUCUGUGGCGAGUCCUGUGGUUGAUCGUUCCACAAAGCCCCCCCCAAUGGUCAAUAGAGCUGCUAAACCAAAGACAGGAAAAGAAAACCACAGCUACUGCAACAUGCCACCAAAAGUUGACAGAGAACUCAAAUAUAAAAGUUGCGCAGUAGCACCACCUGAGCACAACUAUAUGAACUACGGUUUCCAUGCACCGCAGCGUCCUCAGCAUCUGCCUUUGGUUAAGACUCUACCAGGGAACCACUAUGUUGGGGCUUUUCCUAACCAAACUGAUCGAUGGUCUUCAGGACCUCUCGAUGAUGCAGAUUAUCUUCCUAUGCAGCCACCCACAAGAUCAGAAACAACACGCUGCUACAGCUUCACUAAAGAGGAAAAACCAGGAUCAAGAGCAGUUGAUCAAUGUUAUGAGGACAUGUCAGCAUUGCAGACUAGGAGACAUUCUGGGGGAAAGAGUUCGUCAUCUUCAACAUCAUCGUUGGCUGAUAAUGAUGAUUUGUACAUGGCAAUGGGACCCUCCCAAGUGAGUACAGUUACCAAAUCCACCUCUUUAGGCCUCUACAUAGUGGCAGUUCUGAGGCUAGGGGAGGAGUGGAGCUUAUGUUGUGUAAAGGAAGGCAGGGAAGAGGGGCUUAAUAGAGAUGGGGUGCUUAUUUGAGGGGCUUAUUUAAUUGAGUGAAGGUGUUGGUAUCAAUUCUCCACAAAAACUUAAAAUGCACGGGCACAUAAGGUUGGAGGUUGUGCAGCCAAAGAUCAAACUAACAAGUCCAAACUUCCAGCACAUUAAUAAGCCAUACUGGAUCGAUCCAUACGAAGCGUUACAGCCACGAUUGAUAAAAAUUAAUUCAGUCUGUAAUUUAAGAAUAGGAGAGAGGGGAGCGGGCUUUCUUCCCCUACAAAUGGGUGGGGGGUUGGGGUUAUUAGAGAAGCAGGGCUUCAUAGAGAAAUUACAGUAUGCCUUAGGGUUGAGAGGGUAUACUUCUUGUCUCUGACUGGGGAGCAGAGUAUAAAUUAACCGACACUACUCUGAAAGAUGUUCAAGUUUUAACUUAAAAAUAUGCAGAAAGGUACAUGUGGUGAAGUACAUGUUGUGAGAGAGCUGAACCAGAUUUGUAUAGCAUGAAAAAUGCGGUCAUGUUGCUACUCCCUUCUGGAUGGGUCGUUAUUCCAUUGUAGGGUGACCCUGUCAGUACAUCAUCAGUACUGGUACCCAUUUAAAAAUGUGCAGGGCGAAGAGAGACAAAGCGGUGUUAAGUUUCCAUAAUUCUAGAGAAAUGAUAACAUGGCAAGGCUUUACUCUCAGAAUGGGCUUAAUCCUCCCAAGGAUCCCUGGCAUGCAUCCAUUCAAGUCAUGAUACAUGCCAACUCUCCUGAAUUGAGCACUGAUCUCCUGUAUGGGUCACCAGAUCUCACCGGUAAAAUGGACUUUUGAGCUUUUCCAUGCUUUAGUUUGAAAUUUAGUCUAUUUUUUUCUCAAACUUUGAACUUUUUUUUAUUCAUUGCCUGGUUUCUGGGAUAUUUUUGCAUGUAUUUAAUCACUGACAAAAAUUAUUUUGUCAUUACAAUGAUGAAAGCGAAUUUUGAUAGUAUGUACGUCAUGUAAGAUUUCAUGUAAUGUCCUAAGCCACUUCCAUGUCAUAAUUUGGUGGCUGGGCCAAUAGUGCAAAAAGAGAGUCUCCAGAUUUUUAGAUCUCUGGAGGUUGGUAUCUCUGUCAAGUACAUGUACAUGUAUGCUCCCCAAGCUUCUUUAUCACUGAGCCUUAGUUGAAGCUAGUACACAACAGGGGCAUUAUUUUAAUUUGUGUCUUGCGUUAUUUUGUCUGGAGGAGGGUACUUACAUCUAUUUUACAGUUUGGGUAUUUUUAUUUUGCAUCCUUGGAACAGGGUUGCAAAUUCUUCUGUCUGGAACAGGUCCAGAGUAUCAGACAUGCAACAGCACAUGCCACACCUGCAGUAAAUUUAAGGAAGUACUUACCUUCCCCAGGGUAAUACACAUAGGAUACAUUUGCAUGCAAACUGAUAACUGCCCAGUUUCAGGGUUUUCUUUAAGAAUUCUAGAAGCAGGAGAAAGGUGUAAUGUUACAGGAGAAUAUUUUGAAAACAGCCCCAUGUCUGAAUAAAUAAUAGUCAGUGGCUACUGAACAUUAGCCGGAGAAUCCUGUGUAGUAAACAGAGAAUUCUCCCAUAUCUGAUGCCUGAUGAACACCCUGAGUUUAAAUAUUUUUUUGAACUGUGUUGUCUCAUAGAUGGAACAGAGACAGCGACGAGAUCUUCUGUAUGCAGAAGUUGAGAUUGUUGAUGGAGCAAAUCACGUGGCACCAGUCCCCAGCCCAUCUAGAAGAGAAAACACUCAGUACACCUACAUUAAUGAGGAGUCUACGAGAGCUUUGCUUCAAACAUCUCACGCUUGGCAUGGGAAUCGGUGAAUAAUAAUGGCUAAGGGCUAUGAAUAGGCCAUUUUCGAGUUCCUAAAACUCUUACUUUCAAAAUGAGGCUUUGUGCAAGACCUUUCUUGUGAAAACGAGUUUCAUUUGCAUGAGAAAAAAUGAUUUCUUAUUAAUGGUUUUGCACUUAGCCUCUCUUUGAAACAGAGGCUAAUAAGGCAACUUGGAAGUAGCCUGGGACCAGGCUCCACAGUGGGGCAAAAAGAGAAACAACAGGGUCAAAUAGGAAAAAUAUUGGCCUGGGAAGGGGGAAACCCUUUUCCCUCCCCUGACUACCUUUUGGCUCGGUUUGCUGGCGAUUUUUUUUUUUGCCCACACACCGAUUUUUUUCUCCUUUUUCCCCAAUGCAGAGCCUGGUCCCAUGCGACUUGGAAGUAAUCCUUUGCAUGGUCAUUUCCUUCUGUC